AUGUACCUCAAUAAUGCAGCCCGCGUCCUGACUGCGGCUUUUCGCGGGGCAACCUCGUUUGUGGAUCGCAUCGCUGAGCACUGGAAAUCAUGGCCCAAGAAGAGACAAAAGCAUACUUCUGUGGUCAUCCUGACAGUGUUUAUCUUUUGCCUCGGUCUAAAGCUAGGAUCGGGCCUGUUCUAUGCCCAUUACUGGGGCCGGGCGACGAUAUCCAGCUUCCCGGUUACGCCCUACGUUGAUUACUGGGAGUGGGAGACAACGUCACGCUUCUCGAAUGCGCACAGCGCCAACGAGACCCAAGAGAACAGUGAUGGCGAUGACUUUUGUGACUCCUUCCCUUCCUACCACCUCUCGCAUGUUCAAGUCGUUCUUAAAAUCGGCAGUACAGAGCCUCGUAGUCGUGUUGAUACUCAUCUGGCCACUGUUACCCGCUGCAUAACUAAUCCCAUCAUUGUUUCUGACCAUGAGUCAGAAAUCAACGGUCACCAUGUUCACAACAUUCUGGCAACCCUGCCAGGGAGCUUCUGGGGGGAUAGCCGCGACUUUCAGGCGUAUAGUGCGCUCCAGCGCGGCGAACUUGAAACUGUCGCUGGUUCCCAGGGCUGGACGCUUGACAAAUACAAGUUCCUGCCCAUGGUCGAACGCGCGUAUGAGAUGAAUCCGACUGCUCAGUGGUUUGUUUUCAUCGAGUCUGAUACAUACAUGGUGUGGGACAAUAUGUUUCGUCUUCUCGACCAGUUCGAUCCCUCCGUUCCUUUAUACUUUGGCUCCCCGACUCCGGGAAAGAGGCCCUCGUUCUUUGCCUAUGGGGGUGCUGGGUUUGUGUUGUCUACUGCCGCGGUCCAUAGGCUGGUGACUCAUAAGGCUGGGGCCAACGGCGUGUACAGCCAGCCUUCAUUGAGUCAUCGUUAUAAGGAGCUGGUCCAUCAGGAUUGUUGCGGGGAUUCAAUACUUGGAUGGGCACUCUACGAAAGUGGGGUGAAGCUGUCUGGAAUAUGGCCAAUGUUCAAUCCGCAUCCUGUACAUGGGGUUCCAUUUAAUGAAGGGCAUUGGUGUCAGCCAGUGAUUAGCAUGCAUAAAUUAUCGCUGGAAGAUAUGGCGGGGCUGGCAAGGUGGGAGAAUCAACGGGGCCGAAAGCUUCCAUUGUUAUAUGCCGACCUAUUCGAGUACACAAGACUAAGCACCCUCGACUAUAAAACAGACUGGGACAAUGGUGACUGGGGUGGAUGGCAAGAACCGGCCCAAUCGCCCGGCCAUAGGUCUGUUGAAGCCUGUGCGACAGCAUGCCAUGAGCAUCCUCACUGUUUCUCGUAUACCUAUGUCCAUUCUGGUCACUGUGUUUUCGUUCCAUCCAUGCGCCUAGGCGCGCAAAAACCUGCUACAGAAGACACGACUCUAUCCGCUGGAUGGGACAUGGAGAAAAUCAGGCAGUUCCAGAAUAGCCACAAAUGUCAGCGGCCUCAAUGGGUGAAGCCAAGUACGGAACGCAUCUUUUGA